CGCCAAGUUGAGCUACACGUCAGGAGGGAACCGGUACUGGUGACUGGACGUGUGCAGCGCGCGUCAGGCGGUUCCCGGAUGCACCGAACAGAAACAUGGAACGGGUGGUGGUGGAAGUGCCGAUCAACAACGGUUUUUCUCUCGCCGGCCACUCCACGACCCCACGAAAACGCCAGGUGCGCUUUUCAGCGCGCCAUGACAUCAUCCUGCUGCGGGAGGUUGUCGCCCAGAACCCCUUUGCCUCCAAAGAGCCAGGACGGAUCUGGGCCCGUGUGGGGGAGAUCAUCACUGCAGCCCUCCAAGAUGAAAACUUUGAGGUGGAUGCCAGGAGGUGUAGGGAGAGGACCAUGCUGCUGCUGGACUACUACAGGAAACAAGACUUUCCCAGUCUGCGCAGAUUUGGAACGGAGAGGCUGUACGCCCAAAAGGAAGAUCUGCUCCACGAGGUGUUGGAGCUGGAGGCUGAGAAGGGGCUGCUGGCCAGCGGCGAGAACACAAAGUACCAGGAUGAUGAACUGAGAAAGCGAGCCAUGGAAGAACUAACUCUACCAGAACAGGACAAACCCAACAUCACCAUGACACAAACACACACUGCAGCAGAACCAGAAGACGGCCACGAGGAAAUGGCAGAGCCUUCAGCGGCGCCCACAGCCAAAAGGCCCUGCCAGUGCUGCUGCCAGACCUACUCUGAGAUUCUCAGCUUCCUGGAGAAACGCUCGGAGGCGGAGCAACGGCUACGAGAGGAGGAGCUUGCGCUGCGUCGGGAGGAGCUGGAGAUUCAAAGGAGUAAAAUCGCUCUGGAGAGGGAACGUCUGGGAGCUGAGAGAAAAGAAAGGGAACGGAGAUUUGAGCUGGAGAGCCAAGAGAGGCAGGUCAUCUUGGACCUGCUAAAAGAAAAGGUCCUGAAAGGCUGAAGAUCUGCAUCGAAUGCCGUCUUCAAAAAGAAGUCAAAGCAUGAAACACGAGGGAAAUAGUUGACCGCUUAAACAGGGAAGGAAACCAAGGAAACAGGAAGUGAAAAGAUCAAUGGCCAUUGCCAAGCCAUUGUAAAUUAAGCAAACACAUGUAGGGCAGUAAAGUGGGGGGCGUCCACAUUUAUGCAGGCAUAUGCUUUAUGUGUGUCUGGUGCACAAAGCACCAUAAAAAGACAUGAACUUGUGGACAGUGUUUAUUAAAAGCUGCAAUAUGUGCAUAAACCAGCUGCACAUGGCUGACCCAUGUAGAUCCCAAUAGACACUCCCUGACUUGGAUUUAAAAGCACUGCAACUGCUGGAGUGUCACCUAAGAGGUGGAAUGCACCAACGGGGCGUGGUGCUGUGUCUUUAGGUGUGGCGGUCCACCGAGCCAUUACUGGCAGACAGGAUCACUUUGUUUUUCACGAGUCCUGUUCACACCGUAUUCUUUUCUGGUGCAGGUAUGAAAGAAAUCGAGGAACAGCUGUUUAUUCAAGCAUGUUCAAGGCAAAGUUUUGGUGCAGCUCAAGCUUUUGAAAACUCUGUCGCGUUAAUGACUUUAAACAUGCUUUAUUCAGCCACUUUCUUUUUCCAAUUUGAAGACAUUUUUAUUAAAGUAGAAGUAAAACUAUAUUUUACUGACUGUGAAUCCACUGUGCAUUGACGAGUAGGCACUUUUGUACUGCAAAUACUACAAGCCAUUUAGUGGCUGUCCACAUUCUGUAGAUUAUACAGAAACAACUUUUUUUAACCAAUGUCCUCAGUUUGAUUUGUCAUGCAGGUAUAGUUAACUGCCAUUGGUUGCAUAAACAUGGCAAUCAUGACAGCAGCUCUUUUUAUUACAUGUUCCAUUGUUUUAUUAGAUGACACUUGCUACUGGACUUCUGUAUAUUUUUCAUUAAAAAAUGCUAUUUUUCUUCAAGUCCACAUAACAUAGCCUACGUUGUAUAAAAUGUAAGCACGGAAAAUAAAAAAAGACAUGAAAAUAUAAAA